UUCCUCGGCUCCUCGCUGUUCGCCGCCGCGGCUCCCGGCACACCUGCUCGCUUGGCCCGUCCGGCGUCGCCGGGCUGCCCUGCCGCUCUCGCCCUCGCCUCCCGGCCCGCAGGGUGGGACGCGGAGCUGGACCGGCCCGUCUCCGGACCCCGACCGAACACCGCUGAGCGCCGCUGAGCCGUUGCCAGGCGAGAUGAGCGCGGACGCGGCGGCCGGGGCGCCCCUGCCCCGGCUCUGCUGCCUGGAGAAGGGUCCGAACGGCUACGGCUUCCACCUGCACGGGGAAAAGGGCAAGGUAGGCCAGUAUAUCCGGCUGGUGGAGCCCGGCUCGCCGGCCGAGAAGUCAGGACUGCUGGCCGGAGACCGGCUAGUGGAGGUGAACGGCGAGAACGUAGAGAAGGAGACCCACCAGCAGGUGGUGAACCGCAUCCGUGCCGCCCUCAACUCCGUGCGCCUGCUGGUGGUAGACCCGGAGACCGACGAGCGGCUGCAGAAGUUGGGCGUCCAGGUCCGGGAGGAGAUGCUGCGUGCCCAGGAAGGGCCUGGGCAGGCCGAACCGCCGGCCGCCGCCGCCGAGGAGCGAGGGGCUGGCGGCGAAGAUGAGCCGCCGGCCGCCGCGCCGGAGCCUCGCGAGGCCGAGCAGAGCCAUCAGGAGCGGCGCGAGCUUCGGCCUCGGCUCUGCGCCAUGAAGAAGGGCCCCAGUGGUUACGGCUUCAACCUGCACAGCGACAAGUCCAAGCCAGGCCAGUUCAUCCGGGCUGUGGACCCAGACUCGCCUGCCGAGGCCUCGGGGCUCCGGGCCCAAGACCGCAUCGUGGAGGUGAAUGGGGUCUGCGUGGAGGGCAAGCCACACGGGGAGGUGGUGUCUGCCAUCAAGGCUGGCGGGGAUGAGGCCAAGCUACUGGUGGUGGACAGGGAGACGGACGAGUUCUUCAAGAAAUGCAAAGUGAUCCCGUCGCAGGAGCACCUGCAAGGUCCCUUGCCUGAGCCCAUUACCAACGGGGAGAUCGAGAAGGAGAACAGUCCUGAAGCCCUGGCCGAGACGGCCUCCGAGAGCCCCGUGCCACCCCUGGCAAGAACCGCCUCCAGUGACACCAGCGAGGAGCUGAAUUCCCAAGACAGCCCCAAGAAACAGGACUCCACGGCACCCUCGUCUACCUCCUCCUCGUCCUCUGACCCCAUCCUGGACUUCAACAUCUCCCUGGCCGUGGCCAAAGAGAGGGCCCACCAGAAGCGCAUCAGCAGACGGGCCCCGCAGAUGGACUGGAGCAAGAAAAACGAACUCUUCAGCAACCUCUGAGCCGCACCCCCUGCACCAGCAAAGCCCAGUCCCACACCCAGCCAACUCCCUCUCCCCCACUUACCCCCAGAUCAGCACACAAAUCAGCACCAGCAUCUCCUCUCUCGGCAAAUCUGAUCUUUCUAGAGAACCAUACUCUUCCCUUACCUCCGACAAGGUGUUUUUCUGUCCUGCCCCAGUCAAAAAGCAGACUCUGUGCCCCUCCUCGCUGGGUGCUUCAGCCCACCUGCAGUCCCCCUGCCACACUCCUGGGACGUCACUGGGACCUCCAUCGAGCAAAGAUCCUAAGACUGGGCGAGAGGUCCCCUUCCCUCCUGACCCCAAGUGAUGACCGGGUCUGGGAUCUACCAAGGAAGGAUUCCAACCACAGCAACAUCCCGUAGUGGACUGGGGCCACCAUCCUCAGAGCUGUGACUUGGGCAUCUUAUUUUUGAUUUUUAAGUGCAGUACUACAGAGUUUAGAAGGACUUUCAAUUCUUGAUUAACAUGAUUUCCCAGGUUGUUGCAUCCGGGACGUAGCAGUGGCCUUACCCUUCCUUCAACUUUUUUCUGCUCCCCCCAGAGACCUAGGCAACAUGGGGAGGGUUUGGCCACCCCCUGCCCAGCCCUGAGCCAGACACAAUUGUAAGGAAAUUCUUACCCGAAAUUCAACUAGU